CCGUUUGCAAUAAUAGGAGAUUUUUACGUACGCACCGGUUCGGCCGCCAUAUUGGAGGUAUACCAGCGAAGCGUAAACAUCGAUCAAAAUUAAGAGAGCGUAAAACUGUGACUCAUGGCGUCUAAAUCACUGAACCAAAAAGGGCCGUACAAAGAUAGACUGGAGCCUGCAACAAAAGCAAGAUACAUUGAAAAACUUGCAUUGAUUGGUGGUAUUGACCCAUAUGAUUUGAAAAAGCUUUGUGAUGAUGUGAAUCAACUGCCAUCGUUGACCUACCCUGACAUCGUUAAUUAUUUGUUGUUUACACCUAGUAUUUACACGAUGGAAGAUCUGAAAAACUUCAAAAGCUUAGAAGCAGUGAAUCAAGUUGAGUGUGGCUGGGUUUCUGGCGUGACUUCUGCUGUGUUGAGUAACAGACUGUUGGUGAAAGGAAGGGUUCUUCACUCUCAAAGAAUGCAUGAAAAACCACUGUCCCCAUGGUUCAUCUCUACGAAGGAUGGUCAAGUGUUGGCCAGUCACUGUGACUGUAUGGCAGGAUGUGGAGAAACUUGCACACAUGUUGCUGCCUUAAUGUUUUGGGUUAUGAGAACUGUUAAAGUAAGAGACGAAAGGACUGUAACACAGGAACCAGCAUAUUGGACCAUCCCCCCAUCCGUGAAGAAUGUUGAGUAUAGAGAAAUUUCUAACAUUAACUUUCAAAGUGCGAAGUCCCUCAAGAGAAAAUUUGAAGAGUGUUUAAGCAGCUCAACCAGUCAAAUUUCUAAAAAUGUUCAUCCUGUAAGAAAGACUAGGAAAAUCCCUUCCCCUACAGAAAAUGAAUUAGACUCUUUCUUCUCUGAUCUAGUUUCCACCAACCGUAAGCCUGCAAUCUUAUCAAUUGUGCCUGAUUAUCUUGAGAGCUACAAACCUAAGUCAGCAGUGCUCAAGUUGCCUAAACCACUAACUGAACUCAAGAACAAACAAUCAAUGAAUUUAGAUUAUGACCAGCUAAUCAAAUCAUGUGAGGGCAUUGAAAUUACGGUCACUGACGAGGAAAUUGAAAAUGUAGAGAAAAUCACCCGAAAACAGGCAAGUGAGGGUAAGUGGUUCAAUUACCGCGCUGGGCGUAUCACAGCCUCAAAAAUGAAGAGUGUUUACACUGCGAACAUUGAUAAUCCGUCAAGUGCGUUAGUAAAAUCUAUUGUUUAUCCCAAUGUAAACUUUAGAAAUGAAGCCACCAAAUGGGGGAUUGACAAUGAGAAAAAAGCUGCCACUUUGUGUUGUGAAGCCCUUGCUACUGACCACGACAAUGUUGAGUUGAUAGAAACAGGACUUUUUAUCUCAAAGGACAGACCAUUUAUAGGUGCUUCCCCAGAUGGGAUCAUCAAAUGUGAUUGCUGUGGGUCCUGUUUAUUGGAAGUUAAGUGUCCAUUCAAUCACAAAGGAAAAGUGAUUGAUGAAUCAGUGCCUUAUUUGAUUAAAGGGGAAGAUGGAGAGCUAUGUUUGGACAGAAAUCAUCCAUACUUCUUCCAAAUUCAAACUCAACUUGGGGUAACAGAGUUGGAAUCGUGUUACUUUGUUGUGUGGAGUGACAUCAGUGUUCACAUUGAACAAAUAAAUUUCAACCCGGAAUUUUAUGAACAAAUCUGUGCUAAGGCAGAAGUUUUUUUUCGUAGGGCUUUGUUACCAGAGCUUGUUGGAAAGUACUUUACCCGUCUGUCUAACAUCAAUCAAACUGAUAUGAACUCAGUUCAUAUUCUUAAGGAAAUAACAUCCAGCCAAAAAGAUGAUGGUAAUGUGGGAGAAAGGUUUUGCUAUUGUAGAGGACUUGAGGAGCCACCCAUGGUUGGUUGCGAUGGAGAAAAUUGCAAAAUUGUGUGGUUUCAUUUCAGCUGUGUAAAUAUCACCAAGUCGCCUGAGGAAAUUGAAACAGUGAAAUGGUAUUGUCCAGAUUGUGCUAUGUAAAUGAUAACUUACUUGAAAUGGAAGUGACAACUUGAUCGCAACAAUUAAAUUGAAACAGUGAAAUGGUAUUGUCCUGAUUGUGAUAUGUAAUUUUAACUUAUUUGAAAUAAAAGUGACAACUUGAUGGCAACAAUUUCAGAGAAAUGUGUAUCUGUUUAAUUAAUAAUUUGUCUCCUGAGAAAAUAUUGUACCAUUUUCAUAUUGACAGAUAUUUGUUUUGAAUGAGUGAUGCAUUUUGGCUAAUUAUGUGACUAAUAUGGUUAAUGGAGUUGUGUUGCUUGAUCAUUUGAGCCUUGGUUCUUAGAAAACUGGGCUUAAUGCAUGUGCGUAAAGUGUCAUGCCAGAUUGGCCUGUGCAGUCCGGACAGGCUAAUCAGGGACGACACUUUCCGCCUAAACUGGAUUUUUGCUAAGAAGAGACUUCAUUUAAACAAAUGUCAAAAAAGCGGUGUCGUCCCUGAUUAGCCUGUGCAGACUGCCCAGGCUAAUCUGGGAUGACACUUUAUACAUAUGCAUUAUGCCCAUUUUUCUCAGAACGCGACUAAAUUUGGUCAUAAAAAUGUUUUAUUUGUUAAGUCUUCUGAGUAAAAGAUUGGUAUUUUUGUUUUUAUAGGAAAUCUUCUUGAUUUUGCAAAAUUGAGAAUUGAAUAAAGACGUCAUAAUGAUAAUGCAAUUCCAUGUGUACUGUUUUGCUUAACUUUAUUUCUUACAUAUUGGUCCAAGUCAAGGCGUCGAAUGACAAAAAGUCCUUUAAC